GAAGAAUUAGCUGAUGCCAUAGAAAAUGCACGUCAUCUUGAUGUGCUUGAUUUGCAAGGUAAUGCUAUUGGCGUGGGGGCGGGGCGACGUCUUGCAGUGGUGUUGGAGCAUCAUCCUGAACUGAAGCGUUCACUGUGCGAUGCGAUGAUCCGAAGUGGCACUGCGCUUGUUGAACUCGAUCUUUCGGACAAUGCUUUCGGCCCAGUUGUCGCAGAAGGCAUUGAAAAAUUUUUGAAAAGUCCAUCGGCAUACUCUUUAGAAGUGCUCAAAUUAAACAACAACGAAUUAGGCGCUGGUGGAAAGACUAUUGCGAAAACAUUGAUUCAAUGCCACCGGAAUGCAACGAAAGAUGGGCGAACAUUUCGACUGAAAAAAUUCAUUGCCGGACAAAAUCGUUUGAAAAAUCGAGGCGCGAUUGCUUUAGCGAGGGCUUUUAAGGACUUCUUUUAA